AUGGACCCGGAGGAGCAGACUCGGGCGUUGCUCAGCCCAACAGCAGCCAUCACGCCUCCAGUCAAGAUAUUCCCAUACAUACGCGCGUUGAAAAAGGACGUGAUAAGGGAUAUUGAUACCGUACUCAGCUGGGACCAACUCACCGCGAGCGACAUCAACUUUGCGAUAGUACGACCGCUCGUUUUCAAAUAUGCUCGCACAAGCAACCCGGCCACUGCCUACAUCUGCCUCGUGGUCCGCGCCCACUUCAUCUCAGCUGCCGAGAACGACAUUGCACACGCAGGCAUGAAUACGUCCCGCGCGAAUCUCUGCGAGAUACUUGCCAUGAAGCUUAUAAGCCAUUUUGCGACCAAUAAGAUACAGCUCGUCACUGUAUUGACCACACCAUACGACCCACUGGCCGGUGCAGCAGACGAAGUGGUGGGCGAGGUGAAGACGAUCUUGGGCGGCAGCGAAGACGCUCUGGAUAACCCCCAGUCUGCACUGGAAAUGGCUAUUGCAACCAAGGCGAAGCGCUUCAUUGCAACGUCUGUAGUGCAGUCGGUGGUGAACGACAUCUACUCUGGAAAGGUCGUCUCGCACUCAGCUGCUUCGCGCUCACUGGUGGCCGAUAACUACAAGAGCCGUGGUGUAUCCAUCUACAACAUACGCGAAGCACCCCUGUUGGAUCAUUAUCGGUUGCGUGUUCCGCGUUAUGGUGCCCUCCUAGAGUUCCUCAACUUCGCGCUGCUGUUCACGACUUACAUGCUUUGCAUGACUCAUCGAGACUUGGAGCACCUGCACGCUUUCGAGGUCAUCUUCAUGAUCUUCGCUCUAGCGUUUGCAUUGGACGAAUACACCGCUUCGAUAGAACAUGGAUGGAGAGUCUACAUCGCAAACAUGUGGAACGUAUUCGACACAUUCUUCGUAGCAAUCACUAUGGUCUACUUCGUCUGCCGCGUGCGAGGCCUUAUUGUCGGGGAUACCUACGUCUCUCAAUGGGGUUUUGAUAUCCUAGCGACAGGCGCCUGUGUUCUACUACCUCGGCUAGCAUUCUUCAUGGUGUCGAACAACAUGGUCAUACUGGCGUUACGCGCAAUGGGUGCCGAGUUCAUCUUCUUCAUGUGCAUUGCGACGAUAUGCUUCUCCGGCGUCAUGCUUACUUUGUGGACCCUCGGCGGUGAUACGUGGUCUGUUCGAUCGAUAGUAUGGCUCAUGAUACAGAUCUGGUUUGGGAACACAUACCUCUCCUUCUCGCAAGCCGCUUCAUUCCACCCUAUCAUUGGGCCCAUCAUCAUGACGGUCUUUGCCGCUCUAAGCAACACGUUGCUACUCACCAUCCUCAUCUCAAUCCUGAGUAACACAUUCGCCAAGAUUGACGCAAACGCGAGUAACGAGUAUCUCUAUCAAUACACCAUCGGUACCAUGGAAGGCAUGAAGAGCGACGCUCUCAUAAGCUAUCAGCCCCCUUUCAAUCUGGUGGCGUUCGUCAUACUCUGGCCUGCAAGUUUCAUUCUGUCCCCGCGCGCGUUACACACAUUGAAUGUCUUACUCAUCCGCCUGACCUCCUUCCCGAUUCUCAUUGUCAUUCAUCUCUACGAGCGUUUCAUGCUCACCCAUGACUCUCUAUGGGACUCAACCUCUUCCUCCAUACAAUCCGCAUUCCAUUCACUGCCUCGAGCCCUCAAGUCGCUCCCAGUACUCGAGGCCAUGUUACGACCCGACUCCAACAGUGUAUACGAGGCGAUCUUCGAAGUCGAAACCGAUCUCGAGGAUGCCGACGAUGAUGCGGAUCGCGACCUCUUCGGCUCGGACGCGGAGGAUGAUCUAGGCGUAGGCUUACAUUCUUGGGCAAGCCGCCCCAGCGCGAACGGGCGUGAAGAUGGACUGCCUGCAAUCCGAACGCCACCGCGCAAUCGUGCGACCGAGCGCGAACAGCUGAGCCGAGAUAGAGGUCGUUCGGUCCCCAAUUCGCCCAGCAAGCAACCAAAGCUACGCCUCAGCGCGUCGCAAACGCGCAACAUGCGGCCCUCAGAUGCGCCAUCGCUCGGUUCCCGGAGCCCGCUUGCGCGUCUAUUCGGCGCACGCGCAGAUCUGGCGCAGGCAGAUGCCCGUGGCGCGGAAAUGAAGCUUGAUGAUAGCGUGCGAAGGAUAUCUGAGAUGCUCGAGGAGGCGAAAGACCUGCCUGUGAAUAGUCUCAAAGCCGAGAUGAAGGAGCUACAGCAGCGGCAGGCGAGGAUUGAGAACCUCCUGUUGACGCUGACUAGAGGCAUGCGUCAUGAAACCGGCUCGUCAACGCCGGGUUCGCAUAUGUAG